GGGGAGCAUUAGCCCUCGCAAAAUCACAGAAAAAAUGGUCUUGGUCUUCUCCCACCCGCAGGCGGCGAAGUAGAACAAGGAAAGGCUCCAAUAAAAAAAAAAAAAUCGCGGCCGGCGGCAGCGGCGGCGCGGCGGAGUCGUAAAGCGGGAGCUGCGGAAGGGAGGAGGCGUCGCCGAUCGAUCGGCCCGGCCCGGCGCGGUCGGGGGUCAAAAGCGGAAAAGAGAAGCAGCGGGAAUUUCUUCGCACUGCGGCGCAAGCAAGGAAUCCAGCGAGAGAAGGGAAGCGAUGGGGCGGAAGGGUUCGGGUUCCAGCUGAGCCCUGGGCACGCGGGAGCGGGGAGAGGAGAGAGAGGGAGAGCGAGGCAGGGACGGAGGCGGCGGCGCUGAGUUUGAUGAGGAAGGCUGGAGCCAAAGGUAUAUGCAACCCUAGAUCUUAGAAAUCUGAGUAGACCCUGCGGCUGCUGCUUUGCCGGCUUUUGCCGCCGGCGCGACUUCUGGAUUUGCGGGGGUUUGUGUUCGGCCGCCGCCGCCGCCAAGGAGAUCACCCUGUGUUCCUCUGGUUUCUUCGUGUGGUGCGGAUGAAGGACAGGUUCUCGUUCGUCGGACGUCAGAUCUGCUUUAUCUGCGGGAUUUGGACUGCUGGCGAAGGAGUUCUUUUAUCGGGUCAACCUACGGACUUGCCUCUGUUCAUCGUCUCUUCGUGUCUGCCGGAAAGAGGUGUCAUCAGAAAUUGGUCCGGAUUCCAGAUCUACCUGCUUUACAGGGAUUAAUUGUUUUCAAAGGAGGGGAAUUGGUGUUUUCUUUGGGGCGGAGGCCGAUGGCCGACGGCAGAGGGCAUUUGACUUAUGGAGGAGCUGCUGUGUUAUUUUGUCGCGGGUUCAAUUCUAGCAGGAUGACCUUUACUUCUGGUUUAGCUUCUGGCUUUCAUUGCGUGCUGCAAGAUAAGAUUGCUUGUUUGAAUGCUCUCGGCCCGGAAGUUGAAGCUUGUUACUAAUUUGCACAGAGAGGGUUCAAGUAGUGGCUGUCUGGCUGCGAUGGGUGACCUGGGGCGGUGGCAUGUCCACGGAGGCGUUGUUUAGUUUUUUCCUCUUGAUUAUGUGCAUGCUAUGUGGACUGUGAUGCUAUUAUUCUUCAAACAGUACCAUAAGCUUUGAUGGUGUGGUGCUCAAUAGCAACCUUCUGUUGUUUUUGUUUUCCAGAGGGAUCAAUUGGAUCCAAGGGUGCGGUUGAUGUGAAUCAGUCUCCUGUUUCCGUUGCAGUAACAGGAAGACAAUCUGAUUUGAUGAUCAAAUUUUGCACUUGCACUGGAAGGUCAUUGUCACCAUCACUUUGUAAUCUCAAUAACACAGAUAUUUCGAUGACCUGCAAAGGCUGUACUGGUGAAUCAACAACAGACAGAGGAGGCCCAUCGUGUAGCAGAAAACUUGGCAGCAUGGGCUUGGAGCUCCCAAGACCUAUAGAUCCUGGUGUGAGAUGGAAGACUGUAAACAGAAGGCAAAGAAGCGCAAGGAGAGCAAGGACCUCCUUCUCUGGAGAGGACAGAAUGAAGGAUGAAAUAAGAUCUUUCUAUGCAUUCGGCAAUGAGAUGGCACAAGAAGAUGCUCCAGUCUCUGAAUCUGAGAAGCUUGGGGUAUCCAUUCUCGGUAGACGCUUUAGUGACCCCAUGGAAAGUGUUCCUAUAAAAAAGAGAAGAUUUCAUAUGGAUUGUUCUCCAUCACCUCCACCGACUCCAUUGCUAGUGGAUCCAUAUGAAAAAAUAUUAAGCAGCUCUUCUGGAGGCAUUCCAUCAUAUGAGAAGCAUCUUAAGUUUAAGAUGCUUGGUGGUGAGUGCAAGGAAGAGAAUAAAGGUCCUUUUGACACGGAUGAUUUUUCUGGUAUAUCAAUACUAGCUGCUGCUGCUUGUGAGAGUGCGAUGGAUGGUGACAUAUUGAAUUGGGCAUGCUCAAAGUUAGCUCAUCCUCCCGAAGAAAGGAAGCUGGAAAAUACUAUGAAUAGCACCGAGUUGAGUCUCCAACAUGGCAUGAAGCGGGAUAAGUUAAAAAUUCCGGAGGCUUCACAUCGCAUUCAUGAUAAGCCUCUUGAGUCAUCUAAUUCUCCUCCAGAUAUGAAGCCCUUGUUUGUUACCACGCUAAUUAGCUCAGAAAAUCUUGUUGAAUCCGCAUCUGCUCCCAAUGUUAAUUGCUCGCUUUAUUCUGCAUUGAGCAGUGCAAACAAAACAGAGAUUGCUUCUGAUGCUAAGCCUUCGAGUGUUGCAAUGCCAAACAGCUCAGGUAAUCCAGAUAAAUCUGUAGGCUGCUCGCAAGAUGCAGCUGUGCAAACCAAACAUGCCAAUGACACUCGUGAUUCUAGGCUGCACUGGGAUCUAAAUGUUGCAAUGGAGGCAUGGGACACCAAUUGUGGUGAUGAUGAUGAUCGUAUUGAUCCUACAGUUGCUACUGUAAGCGGCUGUAAUGAUGCUGGAAAUGACAUGAACAAACCACAGACAUCUCAUGACCUUUUUGACUCAACAGAUGCUGGUGAUGCACUUGAUCUCUCUGUUGACAAAGUUCAUAUGGUUGAUGUACCAAAAGAUGUUAAUACCAAGGAUGAAGGCGAUUCUCCUGUUGACAGUUCAUCUCACCCUUUGCACCAUCAGUCUUCCCAAAAUUCGCAGCUAUUAAAAUCUGAUUCUAUAGGGAAUGAUACCUCUGCAGAAACAAUAAAUUUGCCUGAUCAGCAGAAGAUCAGGUUUCGUUCUGUAAUGGAAUCACUCCUAGGGUCUAAUCCAGAACCGGCUCUUAUCACGGAGCACUUUCCUUUAACUGCAAAUGUGGAGAAAAUCGAUUGUUCACAUCCCCUACCUGUUGGUUGCGAAGCUUUGUCUCAUAUGUCUUCUGCGGAUGGUCAUGUUGGAGGUAACUCAAUCCAAACAAGUGAACUGGGUUCCACAGUGAAGCCUUUCGCAAGCAGAUUAGUUUCUGAGGAAAGCACAAACCUUCCAACAGUAACUGCAUUCCAUAAACUUGAAGAAGCUUCUGAACAAAGCAUAUCUGAAUUAAAAAACAAGGAGCUUUUGGAUGUUGAUUCAGGAACUAGUAAAAGGGACCAGUCAGUUAGCAAGAAGGGUGAACAUGGCACUGAUGUAUACACCAAGAGCAUUGAUCCAGAAAACCUCACUCAUCCAGAGGACAACCCAGGUUCUUCUGUUUGUGAUAUGGCCCAUGUGCAUGAAGAAGAUGGUGCUGAUGCAGUGAUUAAUUCUGAAGAUUGUUUAAUUACUUGUGCCAACAGUAGCAGUGCAGAAACAUAUUACGUUUCAGGUGCGGCUCCUCAGGCUCUUGGUCUCCAUUUAGAAUGCAACAAACCAGGUGUUAAAGACGCAGGAAGUAUUGUGGAUUCGCAAGCUGCAGCACAUAGCUACCAGAAUGGUUACGAAAAUAAGCUUGGGAAGGCUGCAUCGGAUAUUUGUUUGGAGCACUGCUAUGAAACUGACACAUCUCAUAUUAGCAAAAAUCUAGCUGGGAUUGGAGAAGUCGAUGAUGAGGAGGAUGAUUCUCAAUAUGAGGAUGGUGAACUUAGAGAAUCUGGUGACCUUUAUUGGGUGGAUGAUGGGUAUGAAGAAGUUAAACGUGCCAACUGGCACUAUCAUGUAUCAGAUUACAAGAAUGAAGCAGCCACCCCUGAAAUCCCUCCUCUACCUGUUGACUCUGUUUCAAAGAAUGCGGGUGUUCCUGCUGCUGGUUACAACGGAACACAAUCCAGAAAGGAAGAUGAUGCUAUUUCACCUGUCUCAUCUAAGCGCUCAUGGUCUACAAAUUGCUUAGAUGGUGGAUCUACCGCUGCUGGAAAGGCUCAGAGUAUCCAUUCGAGAGUCACAGGUGAUACUCAGAUGUAUGAGAUAAACCCAGGCCGUGUAACAGUUAAAUCUGCUGCAACAGUCAGCCAGCCUGAAAGGUGCAAUGAUGGUCUAGGUGAUGAUCUGUUAAGUAUCACAAUGAAGAACACAGGUUGGGAUAUGUUGCCUGAAAAUCAAAGGCACUCUCGACGUGAUCCAAGGAACGGAGCUGAUUCUACUAAGUGGUGUGUUUUGAGCUCAUUAGAUGCAGCUGGAGGUGAUGAGUCGUUGCAAAAAAUGGGACUAUCGAAUAGAGAUGUGCAACGAGUGGAGCGACCAAGAUCAUUUGAUAGACCCCACAGAAAUGAACUGAGCAGAUCUGAUGAUGGUUAUGGCUCAGGCUCAAAAGUUGAAAGGACAACUGACUCUCAUAAAUCACAUGGCAUCUAUGAUGCAUCACGGCAAAUUCAAGUGGGCAGCUGGGGGGAGCAGUGGGUGGAAAAUUCAAAACAUCCUCGUUCUACUCGGCGUGAAUCAUCUGAAUAUUAUAAUUAUUGCCUGUCUGGUCCAAGGAAUGCUGCAGAAGCUGCUGUCGCAAAGAUGGAAAGCAAUGGCUUUGUUGUUGCACGUGAUGGAACUUUAGUAAGAGCUGUUGAUGCUGCAAAUGCUGGUCACAUGGCAAGAAGGAUGAGAAACACUAGCUCAUACCGUGCUUUGUCUGGACAGGGUUCUCCAAUUGACAGGGAUGGAGCCUGCGGGUUGUCCAGAGGUCCUGCACAUGCUAGGGAAGCAUCUCCAGAACGACAUUUUGGUGCGAGUAGUAGCCAGUCUGGUCGAUAUGGUCUGGAGAUGGAGAAAGAUCAUACUACUGAUGGAAAUUUGAGUUCAGUUCGUUGCUCACUGUCCAGUAGACAACGGGGCAUCCCAACGGGUAGAGCAUCACUUAACCUUUCGCAUGCUCACAGCAGAUCUCCUUCUGGGUCAAGGUCUCGAUCCCCACAUGAUUGGGCAUCACCUAGGAACAGAAGGAAGAUUAUGGCCAAUGGAGCUUCAACUUUACGGAGGCGUAGUAGAUCUCCACCUAGUCACACGACUAAAGUUAGAAUGGGUAGAAUGACUUCACCUCAGAGACAACCUGGAUAUGAUGAUCGAGCUAUGCGUUACAGUCCUUUAUCAAGGAACCACAAUUACUCCCAACAUGCUUCAGCAUGGGUUGAUGGAAGGAACAGUUCGGCGGUAGAUCUUUCUGAUCACAAUAAAAGAUAUUCAAGGAGAAGCUCUCCUCUGAGAAUUACCUCACGAAAUGACAGAUUUGAUGUAAUGGACUCCCAAGGACGUUCAAGGUCUGGAGAAUUCUACCAUUCGACACAGGGAAGACUUCCUUAUGGCUAUAGGGGAAAUAAGCAUGAUGGGAAUGGUGAUGAUAAAAGGGAAUACGCUGAUAGAUAUGAGAGUCAUUCUGUGAAGCCAUGUGACCGGAAUGGUGCUGUAAAACAGUUCAGAAAUAAUACUGGAGAUAAAUUCCGGACUCGUAUCUCUGCUCCCAGAUCUCCAGAACUCCAAAGAAGGGUGAGUCCUCGGAGAUUUGACAGCUUUGGGAGGUAGCUGGGCAGCUGGCUGUGAAUUUGCCCCGUAGAACUAAAAAGGAUAAUAAAGAUCCGUUGGGAUAUGAUUGAACUGGAAAAGGAAGUGCUGUAAAUCCUUGGUGGAAUUCAAUCUCUGCAAUUUGAUGGAAAUUUGUGCUUGUGUUCUGCUGCUGCUACAUGUGUUCAAGGCACAAAUGCUCGAAUCAUGCACUUCUUGGGAGGGGAAUGCAGAUUAACUUCACAAUUUUCCUGUUUUUGCUUGUAAAUAUUUAUAUUGGUUGUAGAAUUACAAUCACUGCUUUCAGCUUUAUGGCUGUUCUUUUUAUCUUCUGAUAUUUCUCACGUUUAUCCCUUAUGCUCUUUUUAAUGGGCAUUAUCCCUGUAUGAGUUCCAUUUAAACAUGAUCAAUGAAUUAAUUUUGAGCUCAAA